GCAAGGGCCAGCCAACUAGAGCAUACAGGUCGCAGUGGUGGGUGGUAUAAGGUGCUUUAGUAACAAAACGGAUGGCACUGUGAUAAACUGCAUCCAGUUUGCUGAGUAGAGUGUUGGAAGCUAUUUUGUAGAUGACAUCGCCGAAGUCGAGGAUCGGUAGGAUAGUCAGUUUUACUAGGGUAAGUUUGGCGGCGUGAGUGAAGGAGGCUUUGUUGCGGAAUAGAAAGCCGACUCUAGAUUUGAUUUUAGAUUGGAGAUGUUUGAUAUGAGUCUGGAAGGAGAGUUUACAGUCUAUCCAGACACCUAGGUACUUACUAUACUUGCUUGUUUGUAGAGAAUCAUUGUACCAUCUAUACCGCUGUGAAAUCUCUUCCAUAACCAAAAAUAUUGUGAUUACCAGUGGUAUAAAGUACUUAAGUAAAAAUACUUUAAAGUACUACUUAAGUGUUUUUUGGGGUUAUCUGUACUUAACAAUUUAUAUUUUUGACAACUUUUACUUCACUAUAUUCAUUUACAUUACAUUUACAUUUAAGUCAUUUAGCAGACGCUCUUAUCCAGAGCGACUUACAAAUAUUCCUAAAGAAAAUAAUGUACAUUUUCCUCCAUACAUUUUCCCUGACACCCUAAAGGACUUUUGAAUGCUUAGCAGGAUGGGAAAUGGUCCAAUUCAUGCACUUAUCGAGAGAGCAUCCCUGGUCAUCCCUACUGGCUCUAACACCCCCCCCCGUGUCGUUUUAUUUGGUUUUCCCCUGUUGCCUCUCCUCCCGACGGUAGAGCCUGCGCCCCUCCCAAUAGUUGAAGGUGCCAUGUCCAGUUGAUAAUCACCCAGAUAAUUGCCUCAAAUGAACCUAAACUAUACCAAAACUAAUUUCACACUUAUCACAACAGAUCAAAUAAAUGAAGUAAAGUAUGAUGGGGAGAAUCGGUGAUUGAGAGGACACGGACACAUAAUUAUGUAAUCACCAAUUGUGAAUGAAAAUCAGAGCGGGCCAUUCUAUUGUAUUAAUCUAUUCUAAUUAUAAUCAGUCCCCUGAAUCCAAGCAGUCCUAUCAGUCUACUCUGGCCUACUUGGGGUAAAUAGUCAGUGAGGGCGUGCAUAAUUUACAAUGGCAAGAAGAUCAAGACAAAUGGAUGGACAUGCUGUGUUAAGUGUUGCUACCAAAUCUGAAUGAAAAUGACUGAUGGUGGGGAAGAAAUUAAUCUCGAGGACAUCUGAUUAUCAGCACAAAACGUUGUAACGGAGAGCAGUCCCUAAGAAACAUUUGCAACAAACUCAUCAGCUUUUGUUGUUUAUGUGCAUGCUUUAACUGAUGCCAUUGCGUGAAGAAGCACACCAUUUGACCCAGUUGACAUCAUUCAUGGAGAUACUGGCAAAGGAGGCUGUGGACCAAAUCUGCAAGCUAUUCAACGAGUGCUCCUCCAUUCUGCAUCUGGAAGUGUCUCGGAGUCAAACUGAGAAUGAGGACUUGAAGAAGAGGCUAGAUGCGGUUGAGACCAAACUGAGGACUGUCUUAGAAGGGAGUGGAGGACAAGAGAACACAUCAGCCAAUGGCUGCUGCAGUGAAGUCAAGAUCAUCCACCAGUUAAAAGGCACACACCCAGGCGUAUGCGCUGGUGAUGCAGAAGUGAAACGAUCCCCCAUCCUCCACCUGUGGAAAGGGAGACUUCCCUCAACUGUAAACGAGCACUCCAACAUUGAGGAAACGAUCGAGUCAGUUAUUAUCAAAGAAGAAGGCUUAGAAGAUUACUUGUACAGUAGCACCUCAGACCCAAGUUCUUUUUUAGAGAGCCACGCCCAGGAGUUGAGUGACCCAGAGAACCCCUCAGAGGACCCAAAGGACAGAGUCGGCGCCGCAGGGCCAAAGCAUUUGAGAAAGCCAAAGAUCACUGGGGCUCGUCAGGCAAGGCCCAAAAAGGAGAACCAUCUUAGCUGCAAGCACUGCAGGAAGACAUUCAGCAAACUGAUCCAGCUGAAAGCUCACCAGGCGAUCCAUGCAGCAGCGGAGAAACCUUUUAACUGCAAACAAUGCGGCAGAGGUUUUUCCUUUAAACGCAGUUUGGAUGCACACCAGCUGCUUCACACAGGAGAGAGACCACACACCUGUGGCGAUUGUGGUAAAGCUUUCACCUUAAAGCAGCUACUCAAGAAUCACCAGAGACUCCAUGCAGGGUUGAGACCGUUCGGCUGCGACGAAUGUGGCAAGAGCUUUAACCGGGCCCACGGUCUCAAGAUGCACCAGAUCGUCCACACAGGAGAGAGGAAAUACAGCUGUGAGAUCUGCAAGAAGAGUUUCAGCAUACCAGGAAAUCUCCACAGGCACCAGCGUAUACACACCGGUGAGAAACCGUUCCGUUGCGAUACUUGCGGGAAAAGCUUCAACCAGGCAGACACUCUGAAAGGACACCAGCGGAUCCACACAGGAGAAAGGCCAUUUACCUGUGAGACGUGUGGGAAGUGUUUCAUUCAAAGAAGUGCUCUGAAAAUGCACCAAAGAACCCACGCAGGAGAGAACGCCUUCCUCUGUGUGGUGUGCGGGACAGUACUGGCUUGCGUCAACUCUCUCAAAACACACCUUCAGGCUCACACAGCAGAGAUGCCUUGUAUUUGCUCAGUGUGCGGUAGUAGUCUCAGUUCAUUCACUCACCUCAAAUCGCACCAGCAACUCCAUACUAUGGAGAAGCCGCACAGCUGUGGCCUAUGCAACAAGAGCUUCAAGUCGGUCAGCUACCUGAACAUACACAUGAAAACUCACACUGGGGAGAGACCGUUCACCUGUGACGUGUGUGGAAGGAUGUUCACUCAACACAGCAGCCUGAAAACCCACCAGGCAGUCCAUACUGGGGAGAAACCUUUCAGCUGUGAAACGUGUGGGAAAUGUUUCAGCAACACUGGGAACCUCAACAGGCACCAGCGGAUACACACUGGAGAGAAGCCUUUUAGCUGUGACCUCUGUGGGAGGAGCUUCAACCAGGGCAACAGCCUCAAAGCCCACAAACAAAUCCACACAGGGGAGAAACUAUUCAUGUGCGACAAAUGCGGGAAGAGUUUUUCCUACCUGAGGAAUCUGAAAGAUCACAAGUGCUAUUAUAUCUAAAACCAAUAGGCAUAGCCUCUUAUUGCGAAGGACCACACUUGGUUUGAACAAUUGUCUCGGCAUUAAAAAUGCAUUUAUAGGUCAGUGAGUGGCAUACUAACAUAAGAAGUGUACUGAUUAGAUUGGUUGCCAAAAAAGCCUUUUUUUCAAAGUAUUUAAUUUUGUAUAACCAGUUGCCUUUGUGGGGUAGAAAUACUUUGAGUGGAUUGGCUGGUGGUCCAGUAACUGUUCAAUGAAGCAGAGCCUAAUUUAUUUGAGAAGGAUGUACAUCUGUAACCUUUCUUGUCUUGUGUACCUUUUAUUACUGUUAUCUCGUAUUUGUGUGCCAGUGGUAAAUAAAACUCCUGAAAUGA